CAAAUAUUUUAAAUGUAGUAAGCCUUUCGAGUAGAGAAAUACAAAUUUUCAGUAAUGCAUUACCUUAGAACAUUCUUAAUCGCUAUCACCUUAAGUCAUUUACCCGGUAAGUCGUUGAGUGUGUGUUAAGCUUGACAAGAAACUGAUUUAGCAGGAGGACAGCAUUUGACACCCAAUGCGUCGAUUGCGACAGAUAUUGGGGCGCAGAUUGCAAUGCAAAUGUGACGGGCUAUUAUUGCGCUUUUAGCUCUAACCUAGAUUCCAACGAAAUAUCGGAAGCUGAGAUGCGUACAAGCACAGUAGACCCACAUGAUCUCUAUAAAGACUGCAAUCUGUAUCCUUACAGUUUAGAGUUUAUAAAGAAAUUUUGCUGUCUGUGGUCUCCAAAGAUUGGCUGCCAAGUAGCCCUAAAUCCGCUGGUCUAUCAGUAUGCCAACAAUCCCGAUUCGUACUGUAAACAAUGCAGAAAACGCUGCAAAUGCAUUCGGGAUAGUGCAAAUCCUCAAACUCCUAAACAUUUUCAUGUGUUCAGUCUGGUGUUUAUGGCUCUUCUACUCUUUUGACGCUUUAAUCAGCGCGAUGGCUUGGGAUUAAUUUGAUAAAUCGAUGUAAUCUACGAAUCGGCAUAUGAGCUUAAUUCCAAUUCAUUGACUACGCCAAGCAGAGGGAAGGUGCCAACCAAUUGAAAGUAUUGUUCAAUCGGUCGUGUUUUUCAUUCAGCGAAAGUUGAUAGAUUUCUGUGAGAUGCUAAAGUUAUCAUAUUUUAAGCCUAAAUCCUUAGAACUGAAGCUGUAGAACUUUGUCAUCAUUUAAAUUGUUAGUCUAACACCCCAACAAUUAAUUUUGAUCCUUUUUUAUUU